AAACAGUAUAAAUACAAGACAAUAUUUGCAGUCAAUGUUAUAAGUCAUUGCUUCUUAUAAAGUUAAGGUCUUAAGAAGUUCCAAAGUGAUUAAAAUGAAGUGUUCAACUGUUUUAUUUGGGCUAGCUUUGACAUUGAUUCCUUUGAUGAUCAAUGAGGCAGAAGGAGGAGAUCCGAAUACUACUGGUCGUAGUGGUUCAGGCAGUGGUAGUAGAAGCAGGGUUUCACAAACAGCUGCUAGCUCAUCCCGAAUGGCUCGAAAAGGUGGAUAUGCUCAAGAUGAUUCUUCUUCCACAAGGUCCGGUCGACGUAUUCCAAGUUCUUAUGGAGAGGAAAAUCCAAUAUUUGAUUUUAUCAGAGCGCAUGGCGGAAACAAACAACCAUAUUUUGCUAAUCGAAGUGUUGAUGAAUCUAAAUUUGUGGGUCCAUCUCAAGCCACAAAAAUAUGGAUGCUCUUUAGGCAUGGAAUUCGUUCAGCAAAAGAGCGAGAGAUCAACAAGCUAUCUGGUCUUACAAACAUACGGAAAAGAAUUAUUGAAAGCUUUACUAACGCGGAUUACUGUCCACUUUCCAAAACUAAUUGGCUCAAAUUGAGGAAAUGGAGUUUGGAUGCUUCUAUUUCUCAGAAUCAAGGGCAAAUGUUAACUCAGAGGGGUGUACAAGAGCUUCAAGUAUUGGCCGAUAUCUAUAAAACAAGAUUCCCAAAACUUUUUGUCAAAAAAUAUACGCCAAAAAAAUACAAUAUUUUACAUUCAAUCGAAGAGCGUAACAAAGCGAGUUUCCGUGUAUUUUUUGAUAGAAUUUUCGGCGAGGGAAAAUCUGCAGGAAUUGAUGCAUUGGCCCAAGGUGCUCAAGAAGAUUUGGUUGAGUGUUUUAGAGCUUAUGAACAGAAUUUGCAUCCAGAUCAAAAAACAACAAAUGUCGAAGAGCCAAGAUUCCAUAACACGAACACAUUCGCAUCAAUGGUCGUUCGAAUUAGCCAACAAUAUGGAUUUGCAACUGAUAAUUAUGAAAACGAUAAAGAAUCAAUUUUGAGCAUGUUUGAAAUGUGUAGAUAUGAAGAGGCGUGGUAUAGAAAUGAAAGUGUUUGGUGUACGUUUUUCCAACCGGAAGAUGUAUUGGUCCUUGAAUAUGCAUCUGACUUGCAUACGUUUUAUGACUACGGAUAUGGUUAUACACAAUUUCUGAAUAUCGCAUGUACAACCGUGGUUGACAUGUUGACACAUUUGCUAUCGAAUAAUGGUCCACGAGUUACUGCCUAUUUCACUCAUUCGCCGGAGCUGUUGCUUCAUCUUGUCGCAAUGCGUGCAUACCGAGAUCCAGUAAGAAUUAAAGCCAACAAUUUCAAUGACAUGCACGAUCGACAUUGGAAAAACAGUAAAUUGGAUCUAUUCUGUUCACAUUUUACCGCAGUCAAAUACGGAAAAAAUGCUGUCAAAUUCUUUAUGAAUGAACAAUUGAUCUAUCUUCCAUGGUGUAAUCAGGGUCUUUGUGAUAUAAAUGAUCUUUAUUCUGGAUUCAGUCAUUGUACCUCUUGAUAAAAUUUAUUAUAUCAAAUCGAUUUUAUGUAAUUUGACAACAAUUUUUUUUUUGUUUUUUAAAUAAAUCUGUUCGAGCAGACCAAUUCUUUAAACAAAUAAA